AUGGCUUCCAGUUCCAGUUCUAGUUUUGAUGUCCUUGAAUCAGCAAUCAAUGAGCUUGAUCAGCAGUUGAGAAGUAACGUAUUGCAAAUUUCAGGCUGGUUUUCCCUUCUGAAUAAUCAUCUACACGACCUGCACUUUUUCGCAUAUCUGAGAACCAUCUUGAUUUGCAUUCACAAGUCAAGUGAUACGGAUGAAGUUGCGAAAAUUUUAGGAUCCCUCCCGGUGAAAGUUGAAGCUGCAUUUCAGGAGAUUGCGCGGGAUCUCAACGUUGCGUCUCAGAAGAAGUACAUCCCAGAAUGUCCUUCGAAACUACAUGAUGUUUUGCAUCAGUCAAGAGUAAAAGUGAAGCUUUUCAAGCAUCAAAUUGAAGAAGCUCUUGGCCAUCUGUCUGGCUGCUCCCUUGUGUUGCAUUCUGCCUCUCUUGAUUAUGCUCUUUGGUUUAAUUUCAUCUUUUCUAUAGAAGGGAUGCUGCACGAAAUCAGCAGUGUUACUGAUUCUAUUGAAGAACAGAAAACAAUCGGUCUUUUGAAACGUGACAUGAAGCAUCUCCAACACUUCUUGCAUGGAGUACUGGAUUUUGAGUAUGGCUUCCCUAGCGAUCCAAAGGUUAACAGUUUCUUGACUCAUCUCACAUCUGUAGCUGUUUGCAUUGCAAAUUGGUCUCUGCAAUACUGGAUCAUAAAGCGGGACUCAAUCGAAAAAAAGUCUUCAAUAGUUCAGCUUCAGGAUUUGCUAAGGAGGAUUUAUCCUACUACCCCAGAAGUUCUAGAAUUGAACCUCAAUUUCCUCAGAGCUCUCAACAAAAUUUGCAAUGGACCAGAUGAAUAUUUUGCAGAAUCCUUUCUCUUUUUUCUUUUGGCAAUAAGAGAUCCCUAUCUUGGCAAUCUCUUUGUUGAGGAAAGGAGAGAUGACAUUCUCAUGGAGCUAAGUUCCAAAUCAAACCAGCAGUACAAUAUUUUCAUAGGAUUACGGUCCUUGAUAAUCUAUUGCAUCAGCACCAAUGAGCCAGAAGAACAAAAUGAGGAUGUGCAAAUUAUCUUGUAUGAAAUCAAAGCGCUCCUCAUAGAGGCAGGGCUUUUCUUUCCAUCUGAAAGUGACCAUCCAUCUUCAGAGUGGCAGGAAAAAAUUUGCCUUCUCCAGUCAGAGAUAUUCCUCAAGCAGCAACUAAAAGGAAGCACAAUCUUUGUUGAGGGUCAAUUUGAAGACCUUAAAGAAGUUCUGACUAACCUGAAUUAUCAGAGCUCUGCACUCAUUGUAGAAGUUUACAGAGAGAUAUCAUCUCUUUAUCAAUCUGUUCGGCAAAAUGGCACUACAGAAGCCAAGGCAAGGAUUUCUCUUUUUACUUUGCUUUCAAGGAUUCUACUUUUCAAGGUAAAUUCAUCUUGUAUGGAGUUACUGAAAGAUAGUGAAUGCUCUACUUUUCUUAAAAAAGAUCAUAUUCAAACCCUUCUUGAGGGGUUAAAAUGGUUUGCAACAUGUGUCACAAAUGAUCAACUGGACAAUCCAGAGAAUGUGGAGCUCAUCCUCACAGGCAUUGAAGCAGUUUCUACAAGAGUAAGAUGUCUCCAUCACACAUUUCUUCAUGACAGAAUCACAGAAGAGAUGAUCAAUAAAACUAUCCUUUCAUUUUGUGAAUUGCUAGAUAAUUUGAUGCUUAUCAAGCCAGAGCUUAGGAAGGUCCAUCCCCAAAUUCAAAGGUCUAAUUUCCCUAAGAUUUGUGGAAUGGGGUUUAUCGAUGAUCUCAUAGGAAGCACACAGGAGCUGCUCAAACAUGACCCUGAUUCAAUUGCCCUUGUGAAGCAUCAGAUUGAAGAGAUUCACUCUGGCCUAACAUUUUUGAGAUCUUUCUUCAUGGAUAUUACAGAGCCAUCUGAGGGGCAUGAUGCACUGAAAGAUCUUGGUACAAGCAUAACAGAUGUGGCAUAUGAGGUGGAAUAUGUCAUAGAUUUCAUUGAGGUAGGAACUGGUAUUAAUUGGAAACAUGUGCUAUGGCUUUAUGAUCUGCUUGAAGAGAUUAGGCUUAUUAAGAUGAUGGUCACCAAUUCUUACGAGAAAUUAACUUGCUAUGCCAUGACACAAAGUGCCAAUCAGAUUUCAAGGCAAAUUGUAUCACAGUUUGGUAUGACAGAAAUAAAUGAAGAGGUGGUAGUCCUGAAUGAUCAAGCAGAAAAUGUAAUAGUUCGACUGAUGAGAGGAACCUUACAGCGAGAUGUUGUCUCUAUUGUUGGCAUGCCAGGAAUUGGCAAGACAACAUUGGCCAAGAAAGUUUACAAUGAUCCUAAUGUUGCAUAUCACUUCCAUAUCCGUGCCUGGUGUUCUGUUUCGCAAGGAUACCAAAAAAGGAACGUACUACUUGACAUUCUAGGCAACAUCAGCAUCAGUGGGCUUAUGGAUAACAUGCAUCAUAUGAGGAUUGAGGAUUUAGAAGUAAAGUUGUAUCAGCACUUGAAGCAAAAAAGAUACCUGAUAGUCAUGGAUGAUGUGUGGGGCACUGAGUCAUGGAGUGAUUUGCAAAGUUCACUACCAAAUGAUGGAAAUGGCAGUAGGAUCUUGAUAACAAGUCGUCUACAUGAUGUGGCCUUAAAAGUUAAACCUGAUAGUGAUCCUCUUUGUCUUCGUCUACUUUCUGAAGAUGAAAGUUGGAAGUUGUUACGGAUGAAGAUACUUCAUGGAGGCUGCAGCGAGGAACUGCAAGAAGUUGGCAAGAAAAUUGCUAAGAGGUGUGAAGGUCUACCCCUUGCAAUUGUGGCCGUAGCUGGUCUUCUGGCAAGGACAGAAAAGAACCAAGAUCGGUGGGAAAGAAUUGCAGAAAGCUUAAGCUCAAAGAUCAAUGAUGAUCCACAAAGUCGGUGCAAGGACAUCUUACAGCUAAGCUACAAUCACUUACCAGAUAGAUUGAAAGCGUGUUUUCUGUACAUGGGAGCUUUUGUGAUAGACAGAGAUAUUCCAGUAAGGAAGUUGACAAGGCUAUGGAUUGCCGAAGGUUUCAUACAGGGUACUAAGAGCUUGGAAGAUAUUGCAGAAGCGUACUUGAUGGAUCUCAUUGGCCGAAACCUGGUAAUGCUUUCCAAAAGAAGAUCCAUGGGAGGGGUCAAAACAUGUCGUGUUCAUGAUAUUCUACACGACUUCUGCGUGGCAAAAGCAACUGAAGAGAAUUUUCUACAAUUAAUUACCAGGUAUGAUGAGCCAUAUGCUAUGUCUGAUGAUUCAGAUUAUGGUGCUGAUUCUUAUGAUUAUUAUCAUCCAAAUCCUGUAACAUAUGAGAGACAUCGAUUGUUCUUCUGCUUGAACAGAAAGCAUUUUGUGAAGUCGAGACCUUCCAGCUCGUGUGCCCGUUCUCUAAUACUCUUUCCUACCUGUGAUACAUACCCAAGACAUCCCUAUGAUAUCUCAUUCAUUGCUCACCAUUUCAAACUUCUUAGGGUGUUGGAUUUGGAAAACAUUAAUAUGGGUGUUUGCUUUCCCACCGGAAUAGAGUUACUAAUUCAAUUGACAUAUCUUGCUGUUAGUGGUGAUAUUGACUCUGUUCCACAAUCCAUUGCAGACCUCUGGAAACUAGAAACCCUUAUUGUGAAGGGAUUGAAAGAUGAGAAGAUCAUACUGCCUGAUACUAUCUGGUGCAUGGUAAAGUUAAGGCAUAUUGUUGUAAACAAUCAUGUUAUUUUCAUCUCCCAACAUGACAAGCUUGGAGUUUCCUCUCAGUUAGAUAACUUGGUCACAUUUUCCACUCUAUCCUUUUCUUCUGGGAAAGAUACAGGGAUGAUCCUACAAAGGCUACCAAAUCUCCGCAAAUUGGGAUGCAUUUUUAUGGAAUCCCGGGAUUCUUUAAGCGUGAAGUUUCCAGAAUUGGACACUCUAACGCGGCUGGAGUCAUUGAAAAUGGUGUACAUUGGUAGACCUCUAACUUCGAUUGAGUUUAAUCUCCCUUUAAAUCUUAAAAAACUGACUCUCUCAAAUUUUCGCCUACCAUGGGAUCACAUUUCUGCCAUUGGGAAGAGGUUACAGAAUCUUGAGGUUCUCAAAUUGCUUUCUAGAGCCUUUGAGGGGCAGAGUUGGGAUAUGAGGGAAGGGGAGUUCAUCAAACUCAAAUACUUAAUGUUAGACACUCUGAGUAUUGCCCAGUGGAAUGCCACCAGUGAUCACCUUCCCAACCUUGAGCAACUGGUGCUCAGAAACUGUAAGAAGCUUGAGGAAGUCCCUUUUUCUCUGGGAGAGAUUACGACGCUGCAAAUGAUUGAAGUGCAAUCAUGUAAGAAAUCUACUGAGGAAUCUGCAAUAAGAAUUGGAAAAGAAGGAUGGAUUGAGGGGCUCAAGAUUAUUGUCAAUCAAAGCAUUCAUGUUUGA